UGAUUCUAUUUCCUUGAGGCAGGGUUGAGAGAGACAGAUAUAAAUGACUCUCAGCAGACCCAGGACUCAGCAACAGACUUGAGCAGCCGUGUAGCUUGUUCUUCUCUGAACACCAGGCCUUUCCAUAUCACAGAAUCAUGUCUUCUCAGCAACAGAAGAUGCCCUGUACUGCCCCUCCCCAAGUUAAUCAGCAACAGGUGAAACAGCCCUGCCAGCCACCUCCUCAGGAGCCAUGCCAACCCAAGGUCCCAGAGCCUUGCCAUACUAAGGUGCCAGAGCCAUGCCACCCCAAGGUGCCAGAACCUUGCCACACCAAGGUGCCAGAGCCAUGCCACCCCAAGGUGCCAGAACCUUGCCACACCAAGGUGCCGGAGCCAUGCAACCCUAAGGUUCCAGAGCCAUGCCAUCCUAAGGUGCCAGAGCCAUGCACCACUAAGGUCACUCCACCUCCAGCUCAAGAGAAGUGCCCACAGGUUCCCAAGACCAAGCAGAAGUAAGAUGGACCAAGAUGACAUCCUCCAAGGAACCAUCUGCCAGAUGAGGAACCUCCCUUACCAUCAGCUUUCCAGUCCUAAUUGUUAUCUGUACUGCCAGGGAGAGAGUUCUCUCUUGGUGCUUUUCAGCCUAUAAUUAGCAUGCUGAAACCAAUUAGCAAUGGUCCUGCCCUUCAUUUGAAUCUUGAAAAUGCUACUGAAGUCUGUCCCCACCCUGGGAUUCCUAAGCACCUGGAUCAGGCUGAGGCUACAUCUGCCUGAGCUGGCCCUCUGGCUACACAGCUGUCAGCAUAAAUCCAGAAAGGAUUCAGCCAUUCUAGAAAUGAUUGUAUCCUUCCUACUCUGGUCUCAUUAAAUUAACUUUUCAUGCGAA